AAUUGAUUGGAAGAAAGCAAAGCUGUUUCGAGAAACAAACGACCCACAUUGAUUUUGGACUUACUUUCCAUCGUGCGAGCACAGAGAGAGGAAAGCUACGUAUUAUCACAACUCGGUAAUCUGCGUGCGUCAAGGGUGUUGAUUUUUUGUUAUGAUUAAUUAUCAUCGUGUCUAUUUAGUUUCUCAUAGAAGGCUCGUGAGAUAAUGAAAAAGUACUAAGUGGUUGCAAUGAGGAGUGAUCGUUAAAAAAAAUACUCGGAAUUAACUCAACACGACAAAGGGCGCAGUUUCUCUUUGAGAUUGCUGCAUCAAGCCAGGGAAAGGAAACAUCACUAUAGACUGUAGUACUUAUAGACAGUUCGAUCAAAACGCGUAACCAGGAAAUCUGUCGCGGAUUAUGUUAUUGCUCGGUUUCGUAAACAAACAUUUGGCGUAAAAUUUCAAAAGCAUGGUAAUUAUCAUCAGUCUAUGAAUUGUGGUGUUUGGCGCGGUUUCUCAAACAGUGAGUGGAUUGAAAUUUGCAUAGUGAGGAAUUGAUCAAUUUUGAUUGCGUGCAAGGUGCUGACUGCCUACUUCCUAUGCCAGAAGCACACGGUAGAGCGAACCCCAUGACAUAAGGUACGAGGAAGGGAGUCGAUGGGUAGAAUGAUAUCACCGUGUUCAAGAUUGUUUAAAUUACUACUGGCAUUAAAUAUCCACCUGGCCGUAACGGUGACCAGCUUGGAGCCGAGUCAGCAUGCUGUUCCGGUUCUGGUGGAUGAAAACACGCUCGAUGAUUUCGGCGCACAUGGCUACGAGUUGACGCAGUCGCAGAACAUACAACGGCAGGAUGCCCUCACGAAAGCGUGUGCCCAGAUGCGGGAUCAUCUGGAGUACAAAUCGGUGGACGAGUUAAACACUUUUCAGAUGAGUCAUCUGCUGGUUGACGAAAAGCACAAGUUCCUGUACUGUUAUGUUCCUAAGGUCGCUUGCACCAACUGGAAGCGCAUCCUAAUGAUCAUGACUGAAAAAUGGAACGGCACGGAUCCACUGCAGAUUCCCGCAGACACUGCUCACUCGAACGGUGUGUUCAGUACGUUCAGUUCCUUAAGUCCCGACGAACGCCAAACAGUGCUGACUGACUACCAUCGUUUCAUUUUGGUUCGGCACCCCUUCGAACGGUUACUGUCCGCCUUCCGCAAUAAGCUGGAGGGAAACGCCAAAAGUGCCAAAUAUUUCCAAUCCCGUGUGGGUAAAACCAUCAUCCGAGCAUUCCGUCCAAACGCGUCCAAUGCGUCGCUGGAGCACGGCCAUGACGUUACCUUCCUGGAGUUUAUACAGUACCUGCUGACGCCGGAGUUGAGUCGCAAUUCGAACCAUUCGUUCAACGAACACUGGGAACCGGCUGCAAAACUGUGCCAUCCCUGUCUACUGCAGUACAACAUCAUCGGAAAGUACGAAACACUGGUAGACGAUUCGACGUUAGCUCUCCAUUUGGCUGGAGUGAGUGAGGUUAACUUUCCCAUUUCGUACAAAACAUCUGGCACCAGCGAACGGUUACGAAAGUAUUUCAGUGACAUUCCACUACCAAUUAUUAAAAGCUUGUACAAAUUGUACGAAGAUGAUUUCCGACUGUUCGAUUAUGGUUUGGACGAUAUUUUGGGUUUUGAGCUCGGUUAAACUCUCAGAAGUCAAUUCAUUUUACAAUUAGUACAACAGAAAGAACAAAACGGCUAAUCAAAACUAGAACCAGUACUAACUACUUAGUAGAGAUAAUGGUAAUGGUACCAGGUACCGGGUUUCAUUAUUUUUAGUUGACUAGAAGACUUACUCUACCAGAUUUUACAAUAAAUUUUAACACAACUAUAUAGACAUUCGAUAUGACAAUACUAGGGCAUAGAUUAGUAGUUGUUAGAUGAUGUUGAAACAUACGAGCAAGACAACGUCCAAAAUUUUAUACUCAAAGUGUACAAUUAGUUCUAACAUUCAAAAUUUAACCCGUACAUGAUUUUUAGAUGUGAUUUUUUGCGUUGAUAUGUACUUAUCAAAUUUGUUGGAGUUAACUCUGUGAUGACAGCCUAACCUGAGCAAUAAAUGUGGCUUUACAAUUGGCGAUGUUCUUU